AUGGAUACACAACAUGAGAGUAGUGCCCUCGACACUGCACCAGGAGAAAUUGCGGGACACAAUGGGGUUAGGAAGCGUUUUGAGCUAAUAUGGAGUUUUGGAGGCCAAGUAAAAGCUUAUGGACAAAAUAAUUUCAGACCCAAGGGUCAGGGACCACCAGGUUUUCAGAACCAGCAGAGGCAACAAGACCAGCCACCACAACCAAAUCAGUCAAAUAUGGAAGAUCGCAUGAAGGGAUUCAUCAACAAAAUAAAUGAAAAAUUCGAGACCCAUGGCACGACUAUCCGAAACUUAGAAAGGCAAAUGAGACAGAUUGUAAAUUUGUUGUCUCAGAGGGCUCCUGGGACUCUUCCAUCCGACACUAAAAAGAACCCGAAGGAAACAAUCAAAGCGGUAUCUCUGAGAAGCGGAAAAGAAUUGACUGAUCCAAUAGUGAAGGCUAAAUCAGAAGUGGUCAACAAGCAGAUUGAGACACCAUCAGAGGAAAAGAAUGAAGAGAAAAAAAGCCAGAAUAACGGGGUGCAAAAUGAAAAUGAAGAAAGUAGACAUAUGCCAGCUCUACCUUUUCCUCAAAAGAUGAAGCGGGAGAAACUUGGCAAGUGUUUUGGGAGAUUCUUGGAGAUGCUCAAACAACUUUAUGUGAACAUACAGUUCACAGAGGUACUCACUCAGAUGCCCGCUUAUGCAAAGUUCUUGAAGAAAAUUCUAUCUAGCAAGAGAAAAUUUGAGGAGACAACAAUGGUCAAGCUGAAUGCCCACUGCAGUGCUAUAUUACAAAAAGAAAUUCCCCAAAAGUGUGGGGACCCAGGAAGCUUCACCACACCAUGCUCGUUGGGGAGUGACAAUUUUGACAAGGCCCUUAGUGAUUUAGGUGCCUCUAUAAAUCUAAUGCCUCUAUUUGUAUUCAGUAAACUGGAAAGUGAACUUGGAGUGAUCCAAUCAAUACCAGUGUCCCUACAACUGGCCAACUAG